CACAUCAACAACUUCUCUUCACAUUUACAUUCACAUCUACCCAUCUCAACUUUUGUAGUACAAGGGACCGGUACUGGCUGUCGGUCUGCCGGUCCACGAUACAAAAGAAGUAUUCACCACUUCCCAUUACUUAGCCGACGAUUCCGACUCCCCGAACACCGCAAGGUUGGAUCCCUUUACCGACAACAAACCCGAAUCAUCCGAAUUGCUUACGAGCAUCAAGUUUGAUAUCCUAUUGGAUUUAAGAGGGGUUCGAUCCUGUUUUAUUUUUUGAUAAAGAGGAAUCCUACCCAGACUAUCGUCGUAUAGUUAAUCGGACAGGAGAUAGUACAUAGUGCAGAUAGUAGUCAAGACGAAGAAGGUUUGUGAAGAUAUACAUAAUGGGGUUAUUAGCACUUGGUACACCUCUCGAUUGGCCGGAUACGAAACCUUUGGCGGAACAUAUUAGAUAUCAUGGUAUAACUCAAUUUUUGAAUACUUGGGAUAAAUGGAAGGAUCAGACUGGGAAAGGGUUGUUAUGGGGUGACGAGAUCGAAUACAUGGUAGUUUCCUUCGAUGACGAGAACAAAUCAGCCCUUCUAUCCCUCAGACAAACGGAGAUUUUGGAGAGAUUGCAAAGUGUUACUUUGGACCCCGCUUUGGAAAAACAUAAACCUAAGAAAUGCGUCGCAAUACCAACGUUUCACCCGGAAUACGGAAGAUACAUGGUCGAAUCCACUCCCGGUGCCCCGUUUUCAGGUCACGUAAAAGAUCUUAUCGCGGUAGAAUGCGAUAUGCGUUUCCGACGACAAAUCAUAAGAUCUCUACUUCUCCCUCAUGAACUUCCCAUAACUCUUACUUCAUGGCCUAGGCUAGGAGUUUCAGGAGAAAAUUUCACUGAACCUCCCACAAUGCCAGACCCAGAGGGCAGUAGUAGUAAAAGUUUAUAUGUGGGACAAUUGUUGACCAAUCCCCAUGCCAGAUUCCCAACUUUGACGGCAAAUAUCAGACAAAGAAGAGGAAGUAAAGUCGAUAUCCGAGUUCCUCUCUUUAUAGACGAGAAUACCGUCGUACCGGAAGGCAUGUCUGCUCCUCAGGCUAAUGGUCAUUCCAACCCGGCUAAACCAUCCCCCGGCACUCCUUACAUCCAUAUGGACGCCAUGUGCUUCGGCAUGGGCUGCUGUUGUCUUCAAAUAACUUUUCAAGCAUGGAAUGUGGACGAGGCCAGGAGAGUGUAUGACGCUCUCGUUCCCGUCGCUCCGAUCAUGUUGGCUUUGACAGCCGCCAGCCCGGCUUUCAGAGGUCAGUUGGCAGAUGUGGAUGCGAGAUGGAAUGUAAUUGCUGCUAGUGUGGAUGAUCGGACUGAAGAGGAGAGGGGUUUGAAACCCCUCAAAGAAAACCGAUGGCGCAUACCUAAAUCUCGAUACGACUCUGUUGAUCUGUACAUUUCCAAUGACGAACGUAACAAACCAGAGUAUCAUGAUACUUAUGUACCGAUGGAUCCUGCUGUUCGACAACGUUUAAUGAAUCAUGGUGUCGAUGAUCACCUCGCUUCCCACAUUGCCCAUCUCUUCAUCCGUGAUCCUCUAGUUCAAUUUUCCGAGACCAUCGAUCAAGACGAUACCGCCUCCAUGGACCAUUUCGAAAAUAUUCAAUCUACCAAUUGGCAAACCAUUCGAUUUAAACCUCCACCAGUCAAUUCGCCAAUAGGAUGGAGAGUAGAGUUCAGGAGUAUGGAAGUGCAAAUGACAGAUUUUGAGAAUGCUGCAUUUGCUAUAUUCAUCGUUUUGCUCACUAGAGCUAUCAUCAGUUUUGAUCUUAAUUUCUACAUGCCCAUAUCUCAGGUCGAUUCGAAUAUGCAACGUGCCCAAGAACGUAAUGCAGCCAAAUCUAAUAAAUUCUUUUUCCGUAAAAACAUCUUCCCCCUCGAUAGACCGUUGACAAAAUAUGAUCUAGCCUCUCGACCUCGUACUCCUACAUUACCAUCUCCGACCGACUCCACAACAUCGCAUAGAAUUCCUACAUCACCCUCGGCAACCAAUGGUUCACAUAAUCACACUUUUAUCUCUGGAUCAUCUACAUUUCUCAAUGGACACGGUAGGGAAUCAUCACAUGCCUCGACCAGAUGUCCUUCACCGGAAGAAGAAGAAGCGUAUAGCGAUGAAGCUGUGGAAAUGACACUGGACGAGGUUAUCAAUGGUCGUGGAGAAGGAUUUCCAGGAUUGAUGGGAGUCGUUAAUGCUUAUUUGAAUAGUCUGAAUGUUGAUGUGGCUACGAAAUGUGAAUUGAGGAGGUCACUUGAUUUGAUCAAACAUCGUGCUCAGGGACGACUUGUUACCCCCGCUGCAUGGAUACGAAAUUUCAUCAUCUCACAUCCUGCGUAUAAGAAAGACUCGAUUGUCAGCCAAGAAAUCAAUUAUGAUCUAGCCAAGGCAGUGGAUGAAAUCGAAAGAGGUGUUCGUCCGGCCCCAGAACUUCUCGGCUUAGACUACGUAGGAUCCGGUCCCACUGGCUGUCUCUGAUCUCUCAAGGAAAUGUCACGCCGGUUGACACCUCUACCAUCAUCUAUAUCAAUGACGGACGGAACCGUGUAUUGAGAGAAUGAUUCCAUAUAGAUUUUCAAUGUCAAAUCAGAUCAUCUGC